AUAAAUGAAGAUAGUAAAAUAACAAAGAAAGAGUAGAAUAAAUAGAAUAAGUGAGAAAAAAACGUAGAUUUUUAUCAUACGAAAGUUUUAUCUGAUAGAAAAGAUUAAUUAUUAUAAAUUUUAAUUUAUAAUAAUUUAUAAAUCAUCGUAAACUUAUUUGUUUUUAGUAUUUAGUAAUUAAUAAAAUUUUGUUUGAAAGUUGAGGUUAUCUUUUUUUUAUUUUGAUAAGCAAUGAAUAUAUUUACAUUAUUUAGAACUACUUGUCAAACUAUAGGAUUUAUUGCUCCAAAACUGUCAUCUGUGGAAUCAUUUGCAAGAAUUAUAAAUAAUAAUAUACAUCAUAUAUAUAAUAAACAAUAUUCAAAUUUUUCAAGCAUGCAUGUAAGUAAAAUUACAUCUAAAUUACUUCAACCAUUACUACCAAUACAUAAUUUCACAUGUGGUUUAAAAACAAAAACUAUAUUACAUCGAAGAUGUAAACAUUGUUUAUUAAUGUGGAAGAAUGAUAGGAAAUAUAUAAUAUGUAAAGCAAAAGCAAGACAUAAUCAAAUGGAAAGAAUUAAAAAAGAUAAAAGCACAUGGAUAUUAACACAUGCUACACAAAGUAAAAUAAGAGAAUGGUAAAGCAUUAUGUAAAAUAAAUAUAUAUGUUAAUAGAUAUAUUUAAAUUAUGAUUUAAAAUAAAAUGGUUUAAAACAAA